AUGGGUAAAUCAAUGACCAGCGGAAAACAGAACAAGGCGAUUACAACUCUCCAUAGGUUACAGGACCACCCAAAUAACCGUCUAACCCCGCUAAAAAACCCCCCAACGGGGAAGAUCACAACAGAAGCACAGACAGAUACUGGCCCCCUAGAAAAGUAUCAGGUACUUAUAAUCUCCAAAGUGAAUCACCCAAGGUUGAAAAAGCGAACUCCCCCCAAAACCUCAAACCAAACCAAACUCCUCUCCGUAAAACCCCAAGGAAAUCAAUCCAGCCAAAAGGAAACAAGCAAUAGUCCAUGGAGGUGUAUGAGCUUGAUGAAGAAAAAUCUUUAUCCUACUUUAAUGCCAAUACAGGCAUACAAUAUAUACGGAUUAUAG